UGAAAACUUCACAAACAAGAGUCAGACAGUCAGUUCAAUCCCUUCCAUCUACUCUUACCGAUCAUCUCAAUUUAUCAUUUCUAGCACCUUUGAUAGACUCCCUAUCUCAUCGAAUCAAAUUCCUCCUUCUUCUUCAGAUUUCUUCUUCAGAUUUUCUUCUUACCUGGCUGGAUUAUUCUGGAAUACAUACAUACUCUAAUGUCUCAAAUCGAAUGAUCGAUUCCUUCAAAAUUUCCUUUUUAACUAACCCGGAUGCCAUUAGAGUCAAAAUUUCUCCCUAAUCAAUUGAAUCAAAUCAUCUCUUCAAAAGUUAUAUUUGGCUUACUAGUUUACCAACUAUAUCGUGAAAAAUCAACCUUUACCUUUUUUCAAGUGAAAUAGUUUUGUGCAACUAUCUAGUGUCAUAUUGCUGCAAAAUCUCCCUUUUUAUCAAAUCAUCGAAUCUUCAAUUUCUACUUACUAGUUUCGUAUAGCUCAAAGAUUGUCAAAUUUAACAAAUCAAAUCAAAUCAUCGCUUUGUCAAAAUUCCAUUCUAAAAGUCUUCUCCGAAAAUUUGUUUUCAAAUUCAAAUAUCCUACUAAUUCCAUUAUAAAGUCUUAUCUAAAAAUUCCUAAUUAAAUUUAGACUUCCUUCUUCAUAUUACAAUAUCCAGAAUGGCUCCUCGCACUCGGAAGAAAGGAGUAUCCGCCGCUUCCAAGUCUUCCAAUCAACGUACCCAAGCAGAAGAUUUGGCUCCAGGCCCCAUUAAUUCAAACACCUCAACUCGUGCUACUUUGUCCAAGAGACCUCCACAGGCUGCCCGCUCUACUAACCGAUCUAAACGAGUCCGUAACAACACUACCAACCCCGAAGAACCUUCUACCAAUGAUCUGUCUACCGGUGCCGGAUCAAAUGACGAUCAAACACUCGGCGACACUACGAAUCAACCUGAAAUCCUUCCAACACUUGACAAUUACAUGACUAUGAUGAAAUUGUGGCCUCUUGGCCGUAUCCGUGAACAUCUUGAAGAACAUAAGGCCUCGACUCAAAAUCGUCUGCCAUCUGAAAUUCAUGAUCGUGUCAAAUUGGUCUACAAUCAAUUCAAGAACGAGCUUCUCAUGCUGGCUAUGAUUGGUAAAGUGAGCGAAGCCACCAUCAAGUCCUAUAUACCCGAGAUGUCGGCAACAAGAGCAAUUAGCCGUUAUACCAUCUUCCUCCAGUACUGUUUGGAUUGCUUAUCCGAACCAAUGCCGCUGAGAGGUCAAGAAGAAGGCGGAGAUUUCCUGGGUGACCGUAAUUGGAAGACCGGGGCCAGGUGGCGAGCGCUCUCAGACGAUGAGAAAGCAGUCUUUGAGCCCAUUAACUUUUACGCAUUGGCUGGUGUGCCUAACCUGUUGUUGGACCCCGAAACUGGAGAAUGUGUGGUGGACGAUCAUCCAGAAGAGCAGGAGCACAGCGCUCAGCUUCAGCGCAAAUCCAAGACGGCUAUCGAGAAGAUUGCUCAUCAGCUCUCAUGUGAAGCUAAUCGUUUAGAUUUUGCCUACUACCUUGUGGCGACGAGCACCGUGACCCCGAACAAAUCCUCCGAGUUGGGAUGGCUCAAGCAAUACACGACUCACCCGCAAAUAGGAACUUGGGCCAACAAAACCUGUCACUUUGCAACUGUCUUUGCUACAUACUCGCAAGGUGUCUCGAUGGCGAAGGCCAUUGCCUCGGUUAACAACAAACCAAAACGUCAACGUCCUGAUAAACAACAGCCUAGUGACAAGAUUAAGGUGGAUUUAGGACGCCUCUUGGCAGCUCUUACACACAAAACCUUAGGGUACACUCCCCCACAAUCUUUCCCACAGACUGCUGACCCUGCAGCCGAAUCGAAAAAAAGGGUGUUACCAAUAUCUAUUGUUCUUACAGAAGGAUCAAGACUUACCGACGAAAAGCUGCAAGUUGGAUUCAAGAAGAUGCAAUCUGCGACACGAAAUGAGUGGCUCAACGAUGUUAAAGACGGUCAUUUUCGCUUAACCAAAUUGAGGGUCGGGUCUGAUGAGGCUAUUGGCGAGCCGGUGGUUUUAGAUGCGACAGAUAUCGAAGCAGCUUUGACUACUCCUCCUCGCGCAAGAGACAAUGUGAUACAAUCAAACAACAACAGUGAUGAGCCUAUUACAAAUCAAGCAGCAAACAAUGAAAACAAGAAGAAAAACGGAGGUGAAAGUGAUACCACUUCAGAAAGCGAUAGUGAUGAGGAAGAUGAUUGAUUGUCUAACUGGAGAAAACGAGUUUUAAGCUUAAUUACACAAAUUACAAAUCUGGUGAUAGAAUCAGAAUGAUCUUUUUGUCUUCUCAGUGUUUCUUUUCAACUUGGUUAAAGGAUGCGAAGUUCUAUAUUGCUACUUAUAUCAGAGCAAGCUAUCGUAUAUUACAAAUCUGCCAAUACCGAACUUGUUUCUUUUCAAUGAUUCGUUUUAUAUCUUCUUUUUUUUAACUUCAUCAAAAUAUGCAAGUUUUGGAUCUUAUGUUAGAUCAGAGCGCUAUCAGAAGUUACAACUCUGCCGAUACUGAAUAUAUUCUUCUUUCUUCUCAAUGUCUCUUUUUUUAUUUUCUUGUUUUUUUAACUGAAUCUCGAACGGGAGGGAAAGACAUCCCUGGCGAUGAUGCCAUCACGAUCAGAGAUUGGAUUCCGGUAAAUGACUUGACGAACG